AGUUGGCUGGUGAACGCGUCUUUCAUUUCCCAGUAGGUUUCCGGUUGGUGCUUGCUGCCGUCCAUCAGUGACACUCCAUAGUCCUAUUGGCCAGAUCAACGUCGCUCUAGAUGCGUCUCUCUGAUUAGUUAGCAGUGCUGUCGGUCCCCAAUGUACCGUACGCUUAUUGGUGGGCACUGCCGUCGCUCGGGCGGUGGCGGGCUCUGGGAUUGGCGGGCGCUAGGCGGGCGGUGUCAGGCUCUCGGUGGCGGCGGAGGCGGCGGAGGCCAGGGAGGAAGAUGUCGUAAUGAGCGACCCACAGUCGAGCAUGGCUGCCACCGCCGCUGUCAGUCCCAGCGACUACCUGCAGCCGGCUGUCGCCGCCUCGCAGGACUCCCAGCCCUCGCCCUUGGCCUUGCUGGCUGCAACAUGUAGCAAAAUUGGCCCCCCCGCCGUGGAAGCCGCCGUGGCCCCUCCGGCGCCGCCCCAGCCCACGCCCCGGAAGCUGGUCCCCAUCAAGCCCGCCCCUCUCCCUCUUAGCCCCGGUAAGAACAGCUUCGGCAUCCUGUCCCCCAAGGGCAACAUCCUCCAGAUCCAGGGCUCGCAGCUCAGCACCUCCUACGCGGGCGGCCAGCUGGUGUUCGCCAUCCAGAACCCCGCCAUGGUCAGCAAGGGCGCCCGCUCGGGCGCCAGCAUCCAGUACCAGGCCGUCCCGCAGCUGCAGGCGGGCGGCACCCAGACCAUCCAGGUGCAGCCCGGCCUCGCCAACCAGAUCCAGAUCAUCCCGGGCGCCAGCCAGGCCAUCAUCGCGCCCUCGCCGUCCGGCCACAAGCCCGUCCCCAUCAAGCCGGCCCCGGUCCAGAAGCCGAGCGCGGCCCCCGCGCAGAGCGGGAGCAGCGUGGUGAAGCUGACGGGCGGGGGCGGCAACGUGACGCUCACGCUGCCGGUCAACAACCUGGUGAACGCCGCCGCGGGCGACCCGGGGACCCCCGCGCAGCUCCUCGCCGAGAGCCCCCCCACCCCGCUGGCCAAGACCACGAAGAAGGCCCGGAAGAAGGGGCUGCCCGCGCAGCCGCCGCCGCCCGUGGCCGUGGCCGAGCAGGUGGAGACGGUGCUGAUCGAGACCACGGCGGACAACAUCAUCCAGGCGGGCAACAACCUGCUCAUCGUGCAGAGCCCGGGCGGCGGCCAGCCCGCCGUGGUGCAGCAGGUGCAGGUGGUGCCGCCCAAGGCCGAGCCGCAGCAGGUGGUGCAGAUCCCGCAGCAGGCGCUGCGCGUGGUGCAGGCCGCCUCCGCCACGCUGCCCACCGUCCCGCAGAAGCCGUCGCAGAACUUCCAGAUCCAGGCGGCCGAGUCCACGCCCACUCAGGUCUACAUCCGCACGCCUUCCGGUGAGGUGCAGACAGUCCUGGUCCAGGACAGCCCUCCUGCGACCGCCGCGGCCACCUCUACCACUCCCUGUAGCAGCCCCGCACCCCGAGCUCCCCACCUGAGCGGGACCAGCAAAAAACACUCGGCUGCUAUUCUGCGCAAGGAGCGGCCGCUGCCCAAGAUCGCGCCGGCCGGCAGCGUCAUCAGCCUGAACGCCGCGCAGCUGGCGGCCGCAGCCCAGGCCAUGCAGACCAUCAACAUCAACGGCGUCCAGGUCCAGGGCGUGCCCGUCACCAUCACAAACACCGGCGGGCAGCAGCAGCUGACGGUGCAGAACGUCUCUGGGAACAGCCUGACCAUCAGCGGGUUGAGCCCCACCCAGAUCCAGCUGCAGAUGGAGCAGGCGCUGGCCGGGGAGGCGCAGCCCGGGGAGAAGCGGCGCCGCAUGGCCUGCACGUGUCCCAACUGCAAGGACGGGGAGAAGAGGUCUGGGGAGCAGGGCAAGAAGAAGCAUGUGUGCCACAUCCCGGACUGCGGGAAGACGUUCCGGAAGACGUCGCUGCUGCGGGCCCACGUGCGCCUGCACACCGGCGAGCGGCCCUUCGUGUGCAACUGGUUCUUCUGUGGGAAGCGGUUCACGCGCAGCGACGAGCUGCAGAGGCACGCCCGCACCCACACAGGGGACAAGCGUUUCGAGUGUGCCCAGUGCCAGAAGCGCUUCAUGAGGAGCGACCACCUCACCAAGCAUUACAAGACGCACCUGGUCACCAAGAACUUGUGAGGCCAGCGAGGCGGGCGGCCCUGCAGACGCGGACCCCCGGUUACCCCAGCCCCCGGGCCUGGCUCCUGUGGCGGCUGAGUCCCUGUAGGAAGGGCUCUGCGCCCGCCCUUCCCUUCUGACCCGGAGCUCCGGCCUGCCUGGCCCGGGGACGCUGGCCAUGCCCAACGAGACGUUCUAACCCAGGACGCGUGGGACCCUUCUUUCCAAAGGAAAACGUGCAUUUCACUCCGACGAGGAGCAAAGUGAGCCCCCUUCGCCCCCUCCCCACCCCAGCACCCCAACACUGCCGGGGUCCCAUCGUGCCAUAGCCCCCGCCCCACCCCGGCCGCCAGGGACACCCCAGGGCCCUGCAGCCCUCCCCGGGCGCCCCCGCAGCGGCUCAGAGGCCGCUGGAGACAUUCCAACUUCUAGCCAGGGUCGGCGCUGCGGGCCGUCCCUCUCUGCGGAGAACGUUGCCUUAUACUCUACUUCUGAUGAUGAACACUGUGUAUUGUGUUUGCUUUAACAAGUUUUAUUUAAUUGCUUCCUUCGUCCUCUCCUUGGUUGUCAGCUCCCUGUGCCUGCUUUCAGUUAGGGUUUCGGGAGGUAGAGAUGAGCGUAUGAAUUCUUUUUUUCACGCCACAUUGCCACCCAGAUCCAGUCCACACAGAUGCCCUCCCACCUGGCCCCGCUGCCCACCCGGCUCUGUGUACAGUGUAUAUUGUAUAAUAGACGACUGCGUCUACGACAUGUUUUAAAAACAUAUUGCUUGUUAUUUUUGAGGCUUUUAAAUUAAACAAAAAUCCAACUUUAUUUUUAGUUGUAACUGCUUGAGGUAUGUUUUAUGAAUUAAGUGACAGAUUUGUUAUCCUUUAUUAACGAUGGACUUUGUUGGUCAGUGCUGGGCUGACAAAAAAUUUUUCUUGGUAAUAAAUUUAGUUGCCUGAGGCAAAAUCUGCACCUCA